AUGCUCCCCAGUAACCUCGCGCUUCGCAGCGCCAAAAAUGCGAGAACUUGUCGCUCCUGGGCUUCGUUGCCUGUCGAAAUCCGUCGUACGAUCCUUGAGGAAGUCGCACGCCAGAAGCAUCGUGGCUGGGCUUCUUGCGCAGCUGUUUCCACGGAAUGGCGGGACUUCAUCGAACCAAAGAACUUCCGCCGACUGAACCUACUGCCAUGCUGCAUAGGGAAACUCAACGAGAUGGUCGUCCGACAAAGAGAUCUUGUUCAACAUAUCUGCCUGAUUAUUGAGCUUCCACGGUAUACCUGUCAAGCAUGCAACCAAGAGGAGUCUCUCAUAUGCACAUCCCUACACAGAAGCAUUGUUCAUGAAGCGAUGAAGAAGCUGUUUCCAGCGCUUAGCACCUGGCAGCCCACAGGUCGUCUGACAUUAGAGCUGAAUGCCUACUCGCCAAGCGACUCGGAACACUGGUUCAAGAACUAUCAUUUCGGACUGGAUAAUGAGAGUCUGUUCCAGCCUCAGCAAGAUGCGGCUAUAUGGCAUGACCCAAAGCAUGGCUGGGUCAGUGGCAAGCAAGUCCAGCAGCCUCCUCCAAGCCUCCCGAGGGACCUGUCCGCAGCUCACGCAGUCACCGGGCUUGUGAUACGUCGACAGCUUCGACGUCAGAUCGCUCCAGAGCCUCUGGGUUUCAUAUCGGAGAGACUCCCUCGACUGGAAACUCUGCUCUACGAGCCAUGGCUGCCCAAGCGGGAAGGGCUGGCCACGUACUAUCUGGAUAUGUUACUGCCUCGACCGCGUACUGCAUUAGUAUUCUCUAAUGCCGCGAUAGCCUUCCUGUAUAUUUUGGAGCACCGUUUACCGCCCGACCUCAAAACGGUCUCCAUCUUUAAGAAUGCCAACGAACACGUUGCGUCGGCAGUUCGCAGCAGUCCGCCUCAGCUGCACGAUUCCGACGACCCUAUGGCACACCAACGGUUAGUUGAGGCGUUCGUCCCAAAAAGCUCUCCUCGAAAGGAGAUCUCUGCGUUAUUACAUAAUGCCAGUUUGGCUACGCUAAAUAUGCCGCAAUUGGAGAGGAUGGUAUUGUGGUUUGGUGAAACAGGGGAAGCAUGCGCAGUCAUCUAUCACAGGAACAAGGCAAGCAGACUCAGUCAUGACAUGGUUGAGUCCUGGGAAAAGGUUACCCCUGAUGCCUAUUACCUAUGGAUCGAGGUCGAACGGAUCCAGGGUGUUGAUAUCCACUCCCGUGGCGACGCUAUUCACCACUUGCGCUUGCCGGAGGGUAUCAUAGGCCCUGUAUCGCUCUGGCAGAUGCGCCACGAGAAUGCUUCGCGAAUAAUGGCCUGA